AACAGCUGACAGCGUGACAUUGACAAGAAAAGAUUUCAAACAUCAAGAAAACGUAAAUAUAAGGUAGUUUUAAAUAAAAUAUGAGUAAUAUUGUUAAGAUACUGGUUUAAGUUCUUAUAAAAAAAAACAGGAGGGUACGAUGACGUCAGCAUCAUCUAGUAGUGCUCGCUCUUUGUUCGCCGAAUCAAAACAAAGAUUGGCUGAACGGGUGCAAGUUAAUAUGAAUAACAUUUCUUCUCUCGCCAGACAAAUUCAACGUGGAUCUAAAUCUAAUGAGCUGUCAAAAGCAGCACGUGAUAUGGCAGCUGUUGAACAUGUGAUGGAGAAUAGCGAAGAAAAUUUGAAAAAGAUGCAACUAAUUGGCAUACAUAUUGGUUAUCAAUUUGAAAACAUUCAAAAAUCAGCAGAAAUGAUCGUCGAAAUCAAUGACCAGGUUGCAUCAAUAAGAAGACCGAAUUAACAUUCUUUAAUUUUGUAGGUAUUUUUAGUUAAAUUAUUAUUUUAAUAUUACGUAUUCAUUUAU